AUGUCAUGGGCUCCCGCCGACCCGCGAUUUUUCUUCCUUUUCGCGGGUCUGGUGGCACUGGUGCGAGUGUUUCGUUUCGCGAGCCAGGCGCGGCUGUGUAUGUGUGAGAGUGUGUUGGCCAAUGAGACUGUAUACUAUGUAGACCGAGAGUCUCGAACAUUGCCAUCGCUCACGGUUGCCCACCAUGGCCAUCGUUACUGCGAGUCGCGACCAUUGAAAAUCUGCAGCAUUCCCGAUCGGAGACUGGUUUUCUUCUCCACCAAAGCCCCCGACCUCGUGCAAGCACGCUCUUCCCCCCACUCGACCAAACUUGAAAAGGUUCCCACAUCAAUACGGGCAGCCGGUGAAGUGACGCCAGGAUCUGGUCAGCCCGCUUUCACCGUUUCGAGGGUUUGUGAGCGGAGACUGGCAAGCAGGUGUACACCAUACCUGGGACUCUUGGCCGAGCAACACCAUCAGUUGGAUCAGUGUUUCUAUGAGAAGAGUUUGGGAGACUGGGACAAUGGCCAACAUGAUGGAAUACUCGCCAACGCUCUCUGCCACCAGCGAGAUGACCGAGGAAGAGCUGGAUAUCUACUUUGCGUCCUACGUUCCUCUCUCCAACUUGCCAACCCCUCCACCCGCAAAGGAGCAAGCCAUAGCGAAAGCCGCAGCAUUCGAGACACCGUCACAAACACAAUCAUCGUCAUCAUCAUCAUCAUCAUCAUCAUCAUCCUCAUCGACACGCACAAGCUUCACAAAGGCAACUACACAUGGUACGUAUUCUUUGUGUUUUCCCUCUCGUCAUCGGCUCUGUUGCUACUGUUCUGUUUACGGAAUGCUGUUUGUUGGACGGUCAAUAUGCUCGAGUCGGACCGCUUGAACCGGUCCCCUGCAUAA